CACAUGCGGAGAAGCAACAAGCUACCGAAUCAGCAGCAACAGCUAGCAGCCUGCAGCUAUCUCGGGGACGAGGCGUGUUAACAUGCAAAAGUUUAGAAAAACGGAUCCUCGUCUUCAGUAGACACAAGAGCAGCGUUUGGCGAAACCUGAGACGGCUGUCGAAAUCAUGGGUCAUGGCUGGCUUUCGUAAUAUCUAAUUGUUUGCGUUAUUUGGAGUCUCAAAUGUGCGAAAAGUCGCUCAGUCUCUCUUCGUCGUUGAACAAGAUGGCAGCAGCAGCAACAGCAUCAUUGCAGGAUUUGUUUAUGGUGCGGGUAGUCGUUGCUAGCCUGUUCCUUGACGCUCUGGGUGAUAGGAUUUACAGGUCUUAUUGAAGGUAUGGCCUCACAGGUCUUGGUCUACCCAUCACACCUGCACUCAGCUCAAACAAGUGCCUUAGGAAUCAGCAGCAGUGGUACCAGCAGACACACACAGGAAGCCCACCGCAGUAAUAACACCAGCAGAGCCUUUCAGCAACGGCCUCCACCCAAGACGUAUGUGAUCGGAGUCAACUACGGAAUUGCCUAUCCCAACAACGUUAUCCCAUCCUCAGCAGGUGCUGAUUCAGGAAGACCGCACAGGGGAGUGCAGCUUGAGGAAAGGGAGGAGUGGGCAUUGCUGUCAUCAGGAUUACAGAGAGAGGAGAGGUUUGAGAGAGAAGGAGAAGGUCUAGCUGGGAUCCAGGACCAGGCGACUCUUUACCAGAGCAGAGGCCCAGAGGAAGUGAGGCCUCACAAGGGACAGUGGUGGAACUCCUUCAGGGGAAGGAUUGGACUGUGGGCGACUGAGGAGGGCCUGUAUCCGAGCGGAGGAGGAAGAGGGCAGAAACAGAGGACGUCAAGCGAGAGGGAAAUACCUCCUAAACACAGGUGCCACUCAGAGAUGCGAACAGAAGGCAGGGGAAAGUAGACAACAACCGCGGGAGAGCAACUGCACUGGAACCAUGCAGAUAGUUGAGGAGGUAUCUGCACUACCUUCACUUCCUCCCCCUGUGGCCAUGUUGCAAACCAGCGCCGGGAACAGUGCAGACACUGUCAGAGUAGGUGACGGAGGAAUACUGUCUACUCAACACAGCAGGGGUGAUGGAGUGACCAACAUGGGAAUUGGGGUGGAUGGGACAGAAAUAAGGCCUAAUGGUAGUACUGAGGCAGUGGCAGGAGCUACAGUGACCAGAACGGGAUCAGGAGAUGGUGACUAUCAGUUAGUUCAGCACGAGGUUCUGUGCUCCUUGAAGAACAGCUAUGAGGUCUUAGAGUUUCUGGGUCGUGGCACCUUUGGCCAGGUGGUGAAGUGCUGGAAGAGGGGAACGAAUGAAGUAGUGGCUGUAAAAAUACUGAAGAACCAUCCAUCCUAUGCACGACAGGGACAGAUUGAGGUGGAGAUCUUGGCCCGGUUGAGCAGCGAGAAUGCAGAUGAGCACAAUGUGGUUCGUGCUCUGGAGUGCUUUCAGCACCGCAGCCACACCUGCCUGGUGUUUGAGAUGCUGGAGCAAAACCUCUAUGACUUCCUUAAACAGAACAAGUUCAGCCCACUGCCACUCAAAAUCAUCAGGCCUAUUCUGCAGCAGGUGGCAACAGCCUUAAAGAAGCUUAAAUCUUUGGGCUUGAUCCAUGCUGACCUGAAGCCAGAAAACAUCAUGCUGGUGGACCCAUCCAGGCAACCUUACAGAGUUAAGGUCAUUGACUUUGGCUCAGCCAGCCAUGUCUCCAAGGCUGUGUGCUCCACUUACUUGCAGUCCAGAUACUACAGGGCUCCAGAGAUUAUUUUGGGAUUGCCAUUUUGUGAGGCCAUAGACAUGUGGUCACUGGGCUGUGUGAUAGCUGAGCUGUUCUUGGGUUGGCCCCUCUACCCCGGAGCGCUGGAGUAUGACCAGAUCCGAUACAUCUCUCAGACUCAGGGCUUGCCUGCCGCGCAGCUGCUCAACAAGGGGACCAAGACCUCUCGUUUCUUCUCCAAAGAGUCUGACUCCCCCUACGCCUCCUGGAGACUAAAAACGACAGAAGAGCAUGAGAAAGAGACAGGACUUAAAUCCAAAGAGGCCAGAAAGUACAUCUUCAGCUGUCUGGAUGACAUAGCACAUGUAAACUUGGUGCUGAGUCCUGAUAACAGUGACAUGCAGGCAGAGAAGGCAGACAGGAGGGAAUUUGUGUCUCUGCUGAAGAGCAUGCUGCUAAUUGAUGCUGAGGACAGGACUGUUCCCUUCAGUGUCCUCAAUCACCCCUUCCUCACUAUGACUCACCUGCUGGACUACCCACAUAGUAACCAUGUGCAGUCAUCUUUCCGCAUCAUGGACAUGUGCCACAGCCGACCCACCAAUGCAGUUUUUGAUGCUCUCAACCAGAACACCAUUCAUUUCCCAAGACCUCCUGUAGCCCCCACUGCCUCCUCUGGCCUCUCUCUGGGCUACAGCAACAUACCAGUCCACACUCAGGCCAUAACUCAGUCAGCUUCCUCAGUGAUGCACCCAGGCAUAGCUCUGUCAACUGGGAAUGGUCAGUUUGGGUGCAGUGACUCGUUCCCACCUGCCCUUCUUCUUUGUCCUCCCACCAUGCAAGGUAACCUUAAUCAACCAACAGGGUAUUCUGUUCCCAUGGUAACUCAGGCCCCUCCCAUACAGCCUCUACCUGUGAGGCCUGGUGUAAUUGCUCAGCAGGCCUGGUCUAGCCGGGGGCAGCAACUCCUCGUCCCAGCAGCCUGGCAGCAGAUGACUCCAGUGGGUCCUCCUCCCUCUCACCCCCCUCCACCACCCCCAUCCUCCCUGACCAAUGACACCACAGCUGGCCCACAAAGGAUCAGUGACUGGGGGAAAGUGCGUCCCCACAGCAGCCACUACAGCUCAGUGAUUCAGCAGCCUCUACUGACUAAUCAAAUGCCAGCCCUCUCUGCCCAUCAGCCAAUCAACAUUGGCAUAGCUCAUGUUGUGUGGCCCCAACCAGCCAAUAAAAGGAGACACAACAGGAACCUGUCCCACAGUAACAUCCACAUAUCAGCAUGUCGGACCUCCAAGAUGACUGAUGUUGUGGGACAGGCAGUGCCAGGAAGGGAGCAGCCUCAGAGGGAUGUGCCUCUGGUGGAAACCAGGCAACUUGAAGUUCAAAAUACAGAUGAGGAGGAAGAUGAUGCUGAAGAGGAAGUGAGCUGCUUCAAAGAGGUGGUCCCAAAUGGUAACAGACAGCUGGACCUGUCCAGUCAACAACAGCGAGAUGUGGCAGUCCUGAUGGGUGACACACCAAGCCCUGCUCCCAGUGUGAUUAGCAUUCACAGUGAACUGACCAAUGGAGAGGAUGAGGAUGAAGACCCUCAGAGGUGCCAUCUGAGCCAGUGUAAAGAGGAGUGUGUGUGCGAGGCGUGCAGAAACACCAGUGUGUCCAUGGAGAGAGUGUGUUCCCUCAGCAGCCCUGACAGCAGUCUCAGCACCAGCUCUUUUGCCUCCAACUCACUUCAGUCCAGCCCUUCUGUCUCACCAUGCAAGAGACCCAACAGCAUGUCUGAGGAUGACGGCCAUGAGAGUGGUUGUGACACAGUGGAAGGUUCCCCCACGUCUGACACAUCAACAUCCCCACGUGGAAACAGCCGCUACCGUUACCUUGACAACAGUAAUCACAACUGCCCACCUUUGGCUUCCAUGGUAGCACCACUGCCUUCCCCUGCAGUGCACGGCAGGAGUCCCCGUGGUGUCAGGACAAUGGUGGUUCCACCAAUGAGAGUGCAGAACAACAACAGUCAGGGAAAAGAGGAGCGUGUUCAAAGAGCAGUCCCAGUCUCAGAGUCCUGGUCCCGGUCCAAAGGGCGCUGCAGUCUCAUAGGACAACAAAGCACCCCCUCAUCUGUCCCUCUGCUCCCAUCCGCCCCCCUCCUCUCCCGGCAGCAGAAGGCAACAGGGCAGCACCAGCACCCGCUGGCCUUUGGACAGGUGCAACCGUACGGUCCAAACCACAGCAACAAAGAGUGGAACGGCAACUAUGGGCCACUGCGACCGCAUGCUUACAUUCCCCCUACUGUCCACACACACACCUUCACACACCUGCCACACAGCAGCCCCACGCACACCUCAGCUGCCCCACAUACACACACCCAGGGCCUGCCCACACACACCCUGCUGUCCUACCCUCCCAACGGCCCCCUCACCACCGCCCACCACCCCCACCCCAUCCUGCCCUCUCGCCCUCCUCCUCCCCCUCUCCUGCAGCACAGCUAUGGUCUCUCCCACCCUCAAGGAGGCACUAUAGUUCACCAGGUGACCCUGGGCAUCAGCACCCACCACCCUGGACAUCCCGCUCCCCACCCACACAGGCUUCUUCCCUCCCCAACCAUCCACCCGCACCACCAGCCUGGCUAUGCCCACCACCCCCAUCAGUUCAAGCCUCCCUUUCCUCCUCCACCACCUCCUCCUCACCCCUACAUGGCCUCCCCGGCUGCCUACACAGGCUUCCCUCUGAGCCCAACCAAGCUCAGUCACCAUCCCCAGUUCUCAUAUAUCUGAGGAGCAGGAUGGUGCCACAGCAGUACCUUCUGAUGAGGAGGGGCAAUGGACAAUGGACUGCAACCUGGGCAGGUAGAGCCAGCAGCAGAGCACAAAAGGGAUACUUGUGAUGAUGAAGAUGAGAAAACAAAAAUAUGGUCAACAAGAGAAGAUUGAAAACGAAACAGAAAACUAACAAUGCUGAAGAUAAUGUUUUAUGGUGUUUUGAGAAUAAAGAAAUUCACAGCCUCUGUAAUGUGGAGGUUCAUGUCAAAAGUCAUUGAUCAUAUUUGAUGGUCAGAGCAACUUCAGAUCUGAAAGACUUCCUGUGAAAUCAUGUCAGCCAAUAGCAGAAACAGUGAUUGAUUAAAACUGCAGAGCUUUAUAAGAGAGCAUUAAAAGAGUGAAUGAAUUCACAAAUGGUGAUGAGAAGGAGAUUUUAAUUACGAAUGUGUCCUUUGCACAUUACCUCCUGUCAUUUGUUGUUGAGUAGUGUUCAGAGAAUAUGAUAUAAUUAGAGGCUGGAAAUCAUUUGUUGUCUUUGCUGUCAGAUUGCUCAGCCUCCCCUUCCCUUUAUCUUUGUUGCCUUGUAGCAUGUGCUAGCCGGUCAGAUCAGUUUGUUAAGCCAUCCCAGUCUGUAUUAACCAGGAUUGAAUGCUCCUGUCUUUGUUUCAGGCAGAUUUUGCUGCUGCCAUCUCCUAGUGCCUUAAAACCAGAGUCUAUGAUAUUACUUCAGGAGCUUACAGAUUGUAAAUUUAAAAGGGGUUGCAGCACUUAACCUUCAGACUCUGAUUACAAUGGGCAUAUUGGAUAAAUAUGAGGAUAAUGCUUGUGGUUAUGUUUUAAUAUUGGCAUAUAAUAUUGGAAUUCAGUUUGCUUUCUAACUCGGAGUAUGGAUUUACUUUAGCUAGAGGCUGCACAUUUAGGGCUUUGACUGAAUGAGCUUUUUAUGUACAUAGUGAUCUGAUAUUUUGAUAAUUUCGAUUUCUAUUCACUAUAGUACUUAAGUCAUAACAGUAUUGUCACUGUUUACUGUAACUGCAAUACAAUCUAGAUAGCCUCUGGGUUGCUGUGUUUUUAUUAUUUUGCAUUUAGGUUAGACUUGCAGUAAUGCAUUUUAUGUUUAAGUUUUUGGGAGUGGUAUGGAUUAAGAAAAAAUAUGAUUGUUUUGUGUUUUCAAUUUUAAAUGCUUGUCAGUGUUUGAAAUAACCUAUCAGCUUACAGUAUUGUUGCUGGGCUAUUGAGUGUUAGAGGUGUAUUGGUAAUUGUUUCAAAUAUUUGUGUGAGAUGAACUUUUUGUCCAUGUAUUGAAGCCUAUUGUCAGUUUUGAUACAUUCCUUCAGGGUGGAUGCAUAGCCUUGAUUUUGUUGUUUUUGGUUUUUGAUUUCCAGCGUGUUGUAGAGCUGCGUCUUUACUUGUUGUCAUAUCAACUGGUAUUUUACUCCAAUCAGCACCAAAGACUGUUCAUUAAUCAUUUCUGAAGCACGGUCAAUACUAUUAAUCCUUUCACCUCCAGAAUACUGUUGCAGUUAUCAACAUUGGAAUAUAUUGUGAGAUCUCUAUUUUAAAUAUGAGGUUGAGGUUUUAUUUUUCUGAGCUAUGUUUGGCAAAUUGUAUUUGGAAUGUAUAGAUAAUAAGCUGCUAUGUACUGAUUAUCUGCCACUUCGUAGCUGUGAAUUUAGAGGAUUAAUUUCAUUCUAGUCUGCAUUCUCUCUUUUGUAUUGUAGUUCAGACAACUAGAUACAAUAGAAGUGGGUUUUAUUUUGAUCAUAGAGUAUAUUGAAUGCUUUUCCUAUAUGCUAGUGCCUCUGUAUAUUGGCUUUGUUGUUUUGAAGUGAUUGUAAACUGCUGUAAUGGAAGUUGUGAGUUGGUUUUUUUUCCCUCCAUUGUUGUUUUGGUGUGUGUGUGUGUGUGUGUGUGUGUGUGUGUGUGUGUGUGUAUUUAGCAUCAGUAUUUCAAAUGUAGGCUGGGUUCACUCUUGGAGUCUGUAACCGGUGUGUCAUUGAUGUAUUAUUGUUUGGUUUUCCUCUGAUGACAUGGCUUUUAUUUCCGUUACUGGACUGUAUUUGCAACUCUUUGUACUGUACAACUAGUGCCUUUCUUCAAACAAGUGGCUGACAGAUGACGUAUUGCAUUGAUAUCAGUGCAGUUGGAAGUUGACUAAUUACUUCUGAGGGGAUCAGCUCCUGUUUUCACAUCAUGAAACCCCAAAGUUUGACUGAGAUAAGGUCUGAAAAUAUAAAUAUAAUUUUUUUUUUUUUUUAAACAGAAUCCUAAGAAAGUACAAGUCAGGGAAUGUAUCAUAGUGCUCACCAAGAACACCGUGCAGUACUCAAAAACAUAGGGCCUGAAUAUACACAAAUGCAGAGCUUUAUUCUCAUACCAUGAAUGUAUUUGUGGAACUCGAGACAUCUGUUUUUGGUUUGCAAAUGAGUUGUAUGUUGCAUUUCUGAUGGUUAGACAACGUUUUCUAUCACUUUGUGAUUGGGAUGUUGAUGUUCUUGUUUGCAGCUAUUACCAUCGGUAGAUAUCACCAUGCCUUUCAGUCGGGGGUUCUUUCAAAAUGCUUUAUCCAUCAAUCAUACUCAAAGUUAUGGUAUUUUGUGUAUUUGUCUAAUAUGCCACUCUGGUGAUGAUCCUUAACUAAAUGAGAGGAUGCACACUGUUCAGCUUGGAGUGCAGUUUAAACUGAUAACUGAUGUGUGUCAUGGCACAGUAAUCUGUACUUCAAGGAAAAUGAUUUCUUUUUUAAUCCUGUGGUGUGCAGCUUCUCACUGUUAUUCCCCACAUCUCUAUUCUUUCUGUCAGCUCAGCACCUGUGAUGAGAUGAACAUAUGUACCACCUCAGCGAUACACCACACCGUAAUCCCCCACCACUUUGGGUUGAUUGCUUAGAAUAGAUAAUCCUGCCUCCCCGCAGCUUUACACUGACAGUUGCAUCAUCAAAGUCACUAGAGGGUCACAUAGUCCCAGAUCCAAAGCUCAACAAGCACAUAGAGCCCAGUAGCCUGAAGUGACAGAGCAGGCCUGACAACUCGUCAAAUACUGAUAGAACAUGAGAGGGAAAAGGAGCUUUCUGUAAUGGAGUGCCUUUAUUAGGCAUUAAAAAAUAGUCCCUCUUAAUAAGUAGCAAACUAGAACUUGGUCCUCUUUAUUGUUGUCAAUGUUUCUGAGGCAGUAAUCAGCUGUCAUUUUAGUUUCAGGCCUGCUGUUAUUUGGCCCACAUGUUAAAACUACCAUCCCACCAAAAAUGGGCCAUCUCAUUUAGGUACUGGGCUGAAAAAUAAAUUAUGUAAAAUUUGACUCCUAGAUACGUUUUAGGUCGAUUUUUCUUUUUUUUUCUUUUCUUUUUUUUUACCACAACUAUCUAAUUAUUGUGUUGACAUUUAUUGUAUUUAGACACAAAUAUCUAGACAUGAUUGCUAAAUUGAAACUGUUACUGUUCUGUGUAGAUUUGUGUGGUUUUAUGAUUUUUUUUUUCUUAAAUGCUACACUAGUUUGACAUGUAGCAACUGCACUGUGCAAUAUAAAACAAUAUGAGGACUGGGAAAAUGAUUAUUGUUUGGAUGUAAUGUGUCUUACCAGUUUGCGGUCCUUUUCUUUUCCCCCUCUAGUUCUCAGUGAGUUUCAAUGUGACCAAGCCUUAUGUACUUUGUCACAAAAAGCGGGUCCUUCUUGGUGACUCUUAUUGGUGAGUGUCAAAUUAUGAAUUGAUGGUGUACUAUGUCAAGAUUCACUUUGAAUUAAAAAAAGUCUUUUGCUUCA